AUGAUUUGGGCCGCCAUACUUUGCGUUGCUGCGUUGACAUUGUCAACAGUGGGCACUGGUUUAAUCGUCUUUAAGUUUUGCAAAAACUGGAAUGUUCGGGCUUCAAGUGUGCGAUGGUUGUUUACCGCUUUUUUUGCCUACCUGUUCAUCACUUCGGUAGCAAGAUUGGUUUACUUCGUAUGGCUCACGAAAGCAGUAAGUAAGAGGAAGCGCUUUGAUGACUACAACGACCUGAGUAAUGAAUUUGUGAUGACGACGGAGCUUUAUCGGUUGGGUACUAGUGCAGUGUUGAAGUUGAUCCAAAAGCAGAAUGGCUGGAUCACCACUGUGAUCCUAAUUGGUGAUACGGCGCAUUUCGGUGUCUCGAUAUGGAUUGGUGCUCUAGUGUACGAGCUGUCAAAGUUGGUGGCGCUUUCCAUGGACCGUGGAGAGAAACACGAACGAGCCAAAAUUCGGCUGUAUUCGUGGAUCGGCCACUCAAGUAUUGCAAUGUUUUUGGUAGUACAAGUCGUGCUCGCUAUUACUUUCUCGGGCUACUCCACAUAUGCCUACUCGCUGUUGCUGGCUGCCUACGUUGUACAGAUUGUUGUACUCAUCUACAUGGUGAUUGUGGUGAUCAUGCUGAAAUUUAGAGGUCGGAACUACGAAAGCGUUCAUGGGCAUUUCGUAGCUUCUCCUCUCUAUCGACGGCUCAAGUGGAUCAUGCUCGUAUUUGCGUUAUUCGCCUUUCAAUUCCAGUUUUCUUCAGUGAUUCUUUACGCGAUACCGAUAGAUGAAAAAGGAUUGACGCUCUACGGUGGAAUAAGCUUUACACUUUUUUAUCUGCGAGGUUUCAUACUUUCCGUCGUAGGAGGUUGCAGUCUGCCAUGUGUAGAACGAUGCUUGGGGUGCUGUGUUUCCGAAGGAACAAUUGCACAAUACACCCAGCAUCGAGAAUGCGUGACUGUGGCUGGGGGCUGGGACCUGCCCAACAAAAACCCAGUAUUUGUCAUCACCGAUAUUGAAUCGUCCAGUGCCCUUUGGGCUGUAGACGAUGGUCGAGUUAUGCAGCAGGCAACUCAAAUUCAUGAUGACAUUUUACGAAGUUUGUUGGCUGCGUAUCGUGGUUACGAAAUUGCUACAGCGGGAGACUCCUUUCAAUUGGCUUUCCACACGAUUCAUGAAGCGGUUGAGUAUUGUUUGGAUGCCCAAAUGCACUUACUAAAUGCAAAAUGGCCCAAGGAUCUGCACGACUUGGUACCCGCUACACGAAAAGAGCGUGUUGGAACUAGAACCAUUUUUCGGGGACUUCGUGUUCGCAUGGGUGUCCACGACGCCUCCGAGUCGGAAGGGUCUCUUGUCCAAGGUGUUCACGCGAUAACAGGCAAAUUAACAUACACGGGGGCUUCUGCAGUCAUUGCGAACGCGAUCGGAGACUUAGGAGCUGGAGGCCAAAUUUUAGUUACCAAGCGCGUGGCCGAGGCACUCGUAGCAAACUCUUCGCAAAUGGCGAGCAAAUUUGUCAUGGACCCUUUGUUUGAGUAUUCGAUCCCUCGUCUGAAUACGACGCAGGAGGUUUUUCAAGUUGUACCAAAGUCACUGGCAAUGCGAUUUGAAAAAUUCAAUUCGUUGCUACCCAUUGUUCAAAUUGAGCGAGAAGAAGCACAAGGUGGAAGUGAAAGUUAUACAAUUUACACGUCCAUGGAGCCCUAA